UUGGAGGAUAACAGAACCUUUAUCGUAGCCCCGUACUUUGAUAACAGAGAGAGCAAAAUCACCCGAGUGAUUGGGAUUGUUCACCAUGAGGAGGUGACGGCACUUUACUGCUGGUUCUGCUGCCAGCCCGAUGGGGAAGUACACGUAUCUAGGGCAGACAUUGAUGUCCACUCGGAUCGAUUUGACUUCCCGUACGGUGCAGCAGACCUGCUCUGUGCAGAACCCCCCACCUGUGAUCCGAGCUAUGUGUCGAUUCACUCGUUCCCUAAUGGAAAUAUUGAGCAGCUGCCCAGAUUUGAAAUAAAGAACCGCAAGCCUGAGCCCUUUUCUGCUGACUUCACCGUGUGCAUCUCAACCAUGUUUGGAAACUACAACAACGUCUUACAAUUUAUACAGAGCAUGGAGAUGUACAAAAUUCUGGGGGCCCAGAGGGUGGUGAUCUAUAAGAACAGCUGCAGCCCCCUGAUGGAGAGCGUCCUGGCCUUUUAUAUUGCAGAAGGGACCGUCGAGGUCAUUCCCUGGCCCAUCACCUCCCACCUCAAGGUGUCUCCUCACUGGCGCUUCCCGAAGGAUGGGACGCACAUCGGUUACUACGGACAAAUCACCGCUCUCAAUGACUGCGUGUAUCGCAACAUGUACCGGAGCAGGUUUGUGCUGCUCAAUGAUAUCGAUGAGAUUAUUCUGCCCGCGAAGCACCCGGAUUGGAAAACCAUGAUGAGGAGUCUUCAGGAGCAGAAUCCAGAAACUGGCGUUUUCCUCUUUGAGAAUCACAUCUUCCCCAACACCGUGUUCACU